AUGCUAAGCUACGGCGCGGAGGUGCUAUUCGGCGGCGGCGGCGGCGGCCCUAUGGUUUAUCGCAAGGAUGCCGGGGGCGGCUUGCGCUCAGCCGGCCCGGCGGGGCUCUCGCGCUCCGGGGUCGGCUCCUUGUCCUCCAGCGGCUUCCACUCUCAGGGCUGGUCCCGCUCCUGGGGCUCAGCUUCCCGGCGCCAGCUGGGCUCGUCCACCGAGAGCCUGGAGUCGCUGAACGGCGAGUUGCGCGGGGGGCGCAACGAGAAGGAGGUGCUGCAGUCGCUCAACGACCGCUUCGCCGGCUACAUCGACAAGGUGCGCGCCUUGGAGGAGCAAAACCGGCAGCUGGAGGGCGAGGCGGCUGCGCUGCGCCAGCAGCAAGCCGGCCGCUCGGCGCUGGGCGAGCUGUACGAGCGCGAGAUCCGGGAGAUGCGCGGCGUGCUGGUGCGGGCCAGCAACGAGAAGGGGCAGCUUCGGCUGGAGCAAGAGCGGCUGGAGGAGGAAGUGGGGGCGCUGCGCCAGCGGCUGGAGGACGAGGCCCGGCUGCGCGAGGAGAACGAGGCGGCCGCCCGCGCCCUGGCUAAAUUCACCGAGCAAGCCCAACUGACCAAAGGCGACCUGGAGAAGAAGCUGGCAUCCCUGCGCGAGGAGAGCGUCUUCCUACGCCGCAGCCACGGCGACGAGGUGGCCGAGCUGCUGCGCCAGAUCCAAGGCGGCGGGCCGGCCGCCGUCUUCGAGCUGCGCGAGUUGCCCGCCGUCCAGUCCGACGUCACCUCGGCGCUCAAGGAGAUCCGCGCUCAGCUGGAGGGACACGCCUUCAAGAGCUCGCUGCAGUCCGAGGAGUUUUUCCGAGUGAGGCUGGACAAGCUCUCUGAAGUCGCCAGGGUGAACACAGAUGCCAUCCGCAAUGCCCAGGAUGAGCUGUCGGAAUAUCGCAGGCAGCUCCAGUCCAAAACGACAGAGCUGGAAACUCUCCGCGGGAUGAAGGAAUCAUUGGAGAGGCAGAGGCUGGACAUUGAGGAUCGCCACCAUUUGGAUGUCCAAUCUUAUCAGGAUACAAUUGGACAACUGGACAACGAGCUCAGGAAUACGAAGUGGGAGAUGGCAGCCCAGCUGAGGGAAUACCAAGACCUCCUGAACGUCAAAAUGGCUCUGGAUAUCGAGAUAGCUGCCUACAGGAAGCUGCUGGAAGGAGAGGAAUGCCACUUCGGCGGCGGGAUGGGGAUUUUCUCCUUCCCCGAAAUCGCCCCCAAGGGCCCGAGCAUCCCCGUUCACCUCAAAGUCAAGAGCGAGGAGAAAAUUAAAGUGGUGGAGAGAUCGGAAAAGGAGACGGUCAUUGUGGAAGAAGUGGUGGAGAAGGAAGAGGAAGCAGAAGAGGAGGAAGAGGAGGAGGAAGCAAAAGAGGAAAAAGAAGAGGAGGAAGAAGAGGAGGAAGAAGAAGAAGCAGAAGAGGAAAAAGAAGGAGAAGAGGAAAGCCAGGAGGGAAAGGAAGACGGUGAAGGAGAAGAAAGAGAAGAAGCUGGAACAGGGAAAGGAUCUCCACCUACAGAGAAGACCCCGUCAUCGGAAAAGGAGCCCACCUUGAAGGAAGAGGAAGCCAAAUCUCCUGAGGAGGUUAAAUCUCCCGCAAAAGAUGAAGCCAAGUCGCCAGCCAAAGUCAGGUCUCCAACCAAGGAAGAAAGUCAACCUCCGGCCAAGGUGGUGUCCCCAACCAAAGAAUUUUUGAAGAUCCCGGGAGUGAAGCCAGUGGAGGAGACAACUUCCCCCAUCAAAGAAGAGAGCAAAUCUCCAGCAAAACCUGCCUCUCCUGCCAAGGAUGAAAGCCAGAGUCCAGAAAAGCUGAAAUCUCCAAUGAAGGAGGCAGAAAGACCUCCAGCGGUGAAGGCCCCGGAGAAGGUGGCUUCCCCAACCAAGGAAGACCUCAAAUCUCCAGCGAAGGAGGCAGAGAAACCUCCUGCGGUGAAGGUCCCGGAGAAGGUGGCUUCCCCAACCAAAGAGGACCUCAAGGCACCAGAAAAACCAAAAUCUCCAGCAAAGGAGGCCGAGAAACCUCCAGCGGUGAAGGUCCCUGAGAAGGUCGCUUCCCCGACGAAAGAAGACCUCAAACCUCCAGCGAAGGAGGCCGAGAAACCUCCAGCGGAGAAGGUCCCAGAGAAGGUUGCUUCCCCGACGAACGAAGACCUCAAGCCUCCAGCGAAGGAGGCCAAGAAACCUCCAGCGGUGAAGGCCCCAGAGAAGGUCGCUUCCCCAACGAAAGAAGACCUGAAACCUCCAGAAAAGCUCAAGCUUCCCCCAAAAGAGGAAGCUAAAUCUCCGGACAAGGCCAAGACGCCCGUCAAGGAGAAGGUGAAAUCUCCGGAGAAGGCCAAGACGCCCAUCAAAGAGAAGCCGAAAUCUCCAGAAAAGGACACGGCGCCCCAAAAGGGACCAGCUAAGCCGGCAACAAAGGAGAAGGCGCCCGAGAAAGAAGCAGAAGUACCCGCCCAGCCGUUGGCGGAGAAGAAAGCGAGCAAGAAAGAGGAGGAGGCGGCCAAGCCAGAGACCCCAACCAAGGAAGCCAAGGAGAAGACCGAAGACCAAGGGGACAAGAAGCAAAGCCCCAAGGCCAAGUCACCUACCCUUGAUGGGAAAAAGACACCUGCUGCUCCCAAGGCUGAAGACAGCAAGGGGGUGGAGGAGGCCACCAAGCCACCAUCCAAACCAGAAACGGGGAAAGAGGUGGAGAAAGGAACCAAGGAUCCCGGGCCCAAAUCUCCCGGCGAGGAAGCCAAAGCCAAGAGCCCAAGCCCAACGGCGAAGAAGGAAGCCGAGAAGGUCAAGGCCGAAGAGAAGAAGGAAGAACCCAAGAAGGAGAAAGCUGAGAAGGAAGAGGAGAAGCCCAAAGACGACGCCAAGAAGACCUUGAGCCCCAAAGAGCCCCCCGCGGGUCUCAAAGACACCCCAAAGCCAACCAAGACGGAGAAAGCCGAGAAGUCCUCCGGGAUGGACCCCAAAGACAGCAAACCGGCUGAAGAGAAGGCCAAGAAAUGACCAGAAGACGUUGGGAGGUGCUUCAGGGGGCACCUGAGGACUUUGGAAGACCACCGAUCUCAGGACGCUCUCUCCUCAAGGCUAGGUUUGGGGUGAGGGCUACCCCCCACGCCCGUCCCCACCGAGGAGUCUGGGAAUGCAUGUUUGCAACACGGCGAUCCGAAGA